AAAUGCCCGAUGAAAAGAAGCUCCCUUGGGGAAUCAAUGCGACAAAACCAGGUUCCGCUAAGACUUUAACAAAAACAAAAUUACAAGCUUUUAGCAUUGGCACUCAUAAAAAAACUCCAUUUCAAAAACAUAAAGAAGAACUCGAAUUAAAGAAAAAGCAAGAAUCCGAAGAAGCCGCAAAAGUAUAUGCGGAAUUUGUUGCUUCUUUUGAAAAGGAAGAAGGCGCAGGAAAGACAUUUGUUAAAGGCGAAACAAUAGUACCGAAAUUAUUAUUUGAUCAUGAAGCAAUCAAUGCAAAAAAGGAGCCAACUAUAACCACAUCAGCACCUAAACUUUAUAAACCACAAGCUUUUGUUUCUGUCUCAAAACCUAUACAACCAGAAUCAAAACCGGAAGAUUCUGCGGAAAAAAUCGAAAAGAACGAGGAUGAAGAAAAAAAGGACGAUAAAUCUAAAAGAAAACGUAAUUUAGAUGCUUUCUUGGAAGAAAUUAAGCGUGAACAAGAGGAAAGAGAAGAUCGUUUAAGGCAAAAACAUGCAAAGUUGGCUGGCGCUGGCGUAUCAUCUGCUUUUGAAGAUAGACCGGGCUCACAUGAUACUGGAGAUCCGAAUACAACAAAUUUAUAUGUUGGAAAUAUAAGUCCAGAGGUUAAUGAAGAAAUGUUAUGUAAAGAGUUUGCAAAAUAUGGCCCAAUAGCUAGUGUGAAAAUUAUGUGGCCCCGUACUCAAGAAGAGAAGGAUAGAAACCGAAACUGCGGAUUUGUCAGUUUUAUGGAUAGGGAAUGUGCGGCUCAGGCUUUAAAAAAUAUGGAUGGCAAAGAAUUGCUCGGAUAUGUUAUGCGUGUUGGUUGGGGCAAAGCAGUCCCUAUUCCACCGAAACCUAUUUACGUGCUAAACGAAGGAGUCCGUCCUCCGCCAAGCGGAUUACCUUUUAACGCUCAAAUGGUUCACACAAAAGCAUAUACAAAUGUACCGCCGCCAGGUACAUCCACAGUGAGUACAGUUGCACCAAAGGGUCCUCGCCUCGAAGUUCAUGUGUCUCGUCCGGAAAAUGUCCAGAUCGUUAAAAUAAUACAUCGUAUGGUAGAACGAGUUGUAAAAUUUGGACCACCAUUUGAGGCAAUCAUCAUGGAUCGAGAAUGGAAUAAUCCUAAAUUUUCAUUUUUAUUUCAAAACGACUCACUUGAACACGUGUACUAUCGAUGGAGAUUAUACUCUAUACUUCAAGGAGACCCCAAGAAUAAGUGGCGCACUGAACCUUUUCACAUGUUUGACGAAGGACCUAUUUGGGUACCUCCCGAGAUACCGUUCGAUGAAGACGCAGCAGAUGAAUUAUUAGAUUCUGAUGAAGAAGACGAACGUGAGCGAGAACGCAUACCUAAAGGAACUUUGGGGCCUAAAGCUAAACACCGCUUGGAAGUGAUGCUCCGAAAAUUGACCUUUGAACGUGGUGUCAUUGCUAAGACAAUGGCUUUUGCUAUUGAUCAUUCUGAUGCCGCAGAUGAGAUUGUUGAAAUUAUAUGCAAGACUCUUAUGAUCAAAGAAACUCCCAUCCCUACUAAAGUUGCACGAUUAUAUCUAGUGUCAGAUGUUUUACACAAUAGUAGCGUUUCUGUUCCAAAUGCUUGGAAAUUCCGAACUGGAUUCGAGAGUAAAUUACCUGAAGUGUUUGAACAUUUGAAUGAGGUAUACAGAUCUAUCACGGCUAGGCUGAAAGCAGAGACAUUUAGGCGUCAAGUUACAACUAUUCUCACCGUAUGGGAAAAUUGGAUCGUUUUUCCACAACCAUAUAUUGAAUCAUUAACAAAUACAUUCAUGAAGAAUACAAAAGAAGGUGACAGUCUUACAUAUUCUUCAAUACCACAAUCAUCAACAUCAUCUACAUCAUCAAUUGAUGGCAACGCAAAUAAUCUUCUUGAUGGAGUGCCAAUGAAUAUGGAUAUUGAUAGUGAAGCAUCAAGUAAACUAAAUAUAGGUGGUAUUUUAGGAGUAAAAACAAAAUGGGACAAUGAUGAAGAGGAAGAUAAUAAUCAUAGCGAUAAUAUUAAAAAAGACGGUUCACCAACAUCAUCAAUUAACGGAUCACGGGGGAUUUCAGAAAUAGAACCGACAAAAUCUAGUGAAACUAAAGAUUAUGGAUCUGAGAAAAUGAAAUUAGGGAAUGAAGAAGUGGAUGACGAAGUGGAAGAUGAUAUUUUCGCUUAAUUAAUUAUAUAGUAUAAUAGUUUGUUUUUAAUUUCUUAAUUUUUUUUAAUUAUUUUUUUUUCUUGAAAUUGUCGCUAUAAAAUUUAGUAAUUUUGACAUUUCUUAGCAAAUUCGGAAACACGAUUUCGAAAGAAUUAACUUAUCAAUAAAAAAUCUU